CACACUCUCUCUCUCUACCCUCGAAUAGAGGGAAAGAGAAGGUUAAAAGAUAAAGUGUUCAAUUCUCACCAACCAGCUUUGAACUCUCUCUCUCUGUCUCUCUCUUCUCACUCCACCCUCUCUCCCUCUCUCCUCUCUUUAUAUUCUCAGCUCACAAGCAGAAUACCUGUUUGCUCUUCUCACUCUCUCUCUAAACAAUGAGUAAACAGGAAGUGAUGAAGCUUCAGACAUGUGUUCUCAAAGUUAACAUUGACUGUGAUGGAUGCAAGCACAAGAUAAAGAAAUUGCUGCAAAAAAUUGAUGGUGUGUACACAACAAGUAUUGAUGCAGAACACAGCAAGGUGACUGUGACAGGGAAUGUUGAUCCACACACAAUCAUCAAGAAACUUGAAAAGAAGGGGAAACAUGCAGAACUCUGGGGAGGGUCAAAGGGUUCAAAUUUCAAUCAAGCCCAGCUCAACAACCAGUUCAAGAACAUGGCAAUGCCGGUACAGAAUGCGAAAGGCGGGGGACACCAGCAACAACCACCAAAGGGCGGAGGAGGCCACCAGCAACAACCGCAAAAGGGCGGAGGAGGCCACCAGCAACAGCACCAACAAAUGAAAGGAGGCAAUGGUAAUGUUAUGAAGGUGCCUCAGAAGAACCAGAAGUCUGUGAAGUUCAAUCUGCCGGAGGCGGAUGACUUUGACGGUAGCGAUUUCGAUGAGUUUGAUGAUGAGUUUGAUGAUGAGUUCGAUGAUGAUGAGUUUGAUGAUGAUGACUAUGAUGAUGAGGAAGAGCUUGAUCAUGGACAUCAUCAGAUGGCUAAGAACAAGGUGAUGGGUAAUAUUGUAAAUGGGCCACAAGGAGGAGGGCCAUAUGGGAAAAUGAUGCCAAUGAUGCCAAUGAUGGGUGCUAAUCAUGGGCAUGGCCCACAUGGGCCUGCUGGGAUGAUGAAUAUGCAUGUGAUGAACGACAAAAAGCUAGGUGGUGGGGGCGGCGGUGGGGGAGGGUCUGCCAAGAAAGGUGGGGUAAUUGAUUUCCCUGUGCAAAUGAAAGGUAUGGGUGGAAAUAAUGAAAAGAAGAAUGGCAAGGACGGAAAUGGCGGAAAUAAAGGCGGUGGAAAUAGCAAGGGUGGGGAUAAGAAGCAAGGGGGUAAAAAUAAGAAAGAGGGCAAAGAUGGCAAAAAAGGAGGUGGAUUGCUAGGGUGGCUCAGCCGGAGUACAAGUAUCGGACGCGGCGGUUCCAAAGACGAGAAAGGUAACGGCAAGGGCAAUGGAAGCAAAAAGGGCGGGGGUAAAGAUGGAAAAAAUGAUUUUCAUGAGAUUGAUUUCAAAGGGAAAGAUACCAAAGGAGGGAAAGGAGGCAAAGGUGGAAAGGAAAGCAAGGAGGGCAAAAAUGGAAAAGGAGCCAAAGAGGGCAAAGGAGGGAAAGGCGCCAAAGGUGGUGAUGAUGGUGAGGAUAUGCGGCAAAUGGGUUACAUGGGCCAAAACGGACAAAUGGGUCAAAAGGGUCAAAUGGGUCAAAUGGGUCAUAUGGGAAAUAUGGGUCAGAUGGGGCAGAGACCUCAAAUGGGUCAGAUGGGUCAGAUGGGUCAAAUGGGUAGCUAUCCAAUGGGGCAGAUGGGUAAUUUUCCUGCAGUACAAGGACUGCCUGCACAGGCAAUGAUGAACGGCGGAGGAGGAUACUAUCAAGGCGGUAUGGGUCCCGGAAACCCGUAUAAUCAGCAGCAGCAACAAUACUUGGCCAUGAUGAUGAAUCAACAGAGAGCAGCAGCCAACGGUGGAAAUGAUAUGUACCAUCAGAUGAUGUACGCCCGCCAGCAGCCGCCGCCGAUGAGCUACAUGCCCCAACAGCCAAUGCCGUCAGGACCUGCAUCUGAUCCUUAUGCCAACUACUUCAGUGAUGAGAACCCUAAUGGUUGUAGUAUCAUGUAGAAGUUAUUUCUAGGGUUUCAGGCUAUGUUUUUACUUAUUUUUGUAGGAUUAUUGUGUUGUGGUGCUAAGCCGAAAAUAGUUUGAAAGUAUGGAAGUACCAUUGCUUAUGCUACUUGGUAAAUGGUAAUGAGUAAGUUUUGUAGCUUGGUAAAUGGUAUUGCUUAACCUGUUCAAUGAGUGAAUUAUUAACUUCUGAUUCGAA